AUGCCGGUGCCGCCGGUCGGUGUAUUACUAUACAUCCGGUUUCCCAUCUACCUUCCUAACUCGGCUUCCGACUUCAUUCUCCUCAACAACUUACCGUUACACGAUCGAGAGUUGACGAAGUUCAAAGCUCUUCCUGAAAUUGAUAGUGUUCGCUGGGGUGUAUGGGGUCUCUAUGCAAGCUCUGCCACACUCAACACUGUAACAGUCACGAUGCUCCCGCGACAAUGCAAGGCUCCACCACAAGUGGGGUUCAAGGGUGGUGUCGUACAGCGGGCCUGCAUCAAAGGAGGGGCGGAGGAGCUUCUUGUCACUUAG